AUGUAUAAGUAUAAACUUAUUGUAUUAGUAGCAACCCUAGUACUAUGCCAGGGGACAGUAGUACAGCGCCGUAGCAUUUUAUUGGCCGGCGGGGGUUUAUUGGCCGGUGGCCUAAUAGGUGGUGCCCUAGCAAACGGGGCUUUACAUGCCGGUGCCGCGGCAGUACAUGAAGUUAGCGCUGACAAUCAUGAAGGUGUCGAUGGUAGCACUCACUGUAGUACCGGUGCUACUAGGGUUGCUGGUAUCGGUAGUGCAAUCGGUAAUGGUAUCGGCAGUGGUAUUAGUGCCGGUGUGAGUAAACUGACGGGUGGUGUGACAGAUGUUUUAGACGGCAAGGAAAGUUUGAUUGACCAAGGUGUUAAUUUUGUUGCUGGAGGUGGGAUCAGUGGUGCUAUCGGUACUGCCGUGGGUAGUGGUGUCGGCGCCGGAUUGAGGGAAACGAUGGGUGGCGUGAAGGGUGCGUUAGGCGGUGAGGACACUAUGUUAGGCAAAGCUACCGGUGCUGUUACGGGAGUUAUUGGAAAGGGAGCCGCAGUUGGGGAUAAAGUUUUGAAUACAGGUGUUAUCGGUGGCCUAAUAAAUGGUGACCUCGUUAAAGGUGCCUAUGGAGCCGGUAAAGAUUUAUUUGGAAAAGUAACAAGUGGUGGUGUUUUGGAUGCUGGCAAAGUGCUGGCACUGGAUCAGGUUCAUAUGGUGGUCAAACCGGUAGUGUUUUUGGUGGAAAUGGAGGUUCAUUAA